UCGCCUACUACUGAGUUGUGUCUCCCGGAAAAUAUCGUGAGACGUUGAUAGUAGAGGACUGCUCAGCUAAGCCCUCCUAAAUAAUCAAUCCCUGCUGGACGACUCACACUUCACAGACAGGCCUCCAGCACUUAAAUUGACAUUUAAGAACCUCGUCUGAAUCAUGGGGAACAUUUUUGGGAAUUUGCUGAAGAGCCUCAUAGGGAAGAAAGAGAUGAGGAUCUUGAUGGUGGGGCUUGAUGCUGCUGGAAAAACAACAAUCCUCUAUAAGCUCAAACUGGGGGAAAUAGUCACCACAAUCCCAACAAUCGGGUUCAACGUGGAGACGGUGGAGUACAAGAACAUCAGCUUCACUGUGUGGGACGUGGGUGGGCAGGACAAGAUCCGUCCCCUCUGGAGACACUACUUUCAAAACACACAGGGUUUAAUCUUUGUGGUGGACAGUAAUGACAGAGAGCGUGUGAACGAAGCACGAGAGGAGCUGAUGAGAAUGCUGGCUGAGGACGAGCUGAGAGAUGCGGUGCUCCUCGUGUUUGCUAAUAAACAGGAUUUACCAAAUGCCAUGAAUGCUGCUGAGAUCACAGACAAGCUGGGCUUGCACUCUCUGCGUCAUCGCAACUGGUACAUCCAGGCCACCUGCGCCACCAGCGGCGACGGCCUCUACGAGGGCCUCGAUUGGCUGGCCAAUCAACUCAAGAACAAGAAGUAAGAAGAAAACUGAAAGAAAGCAGCCAGCGACCGCACCCAUACCUACUUUUUAAUUUCUUUUUAGGGAUGAGGGUCCGGGUUGGAUACAGAGAGUUUUGAUUGAUAAAAGAUUCUGGGUCUUGGGGGCAGGGAGGAGAUUUACAUUUUUGGUCUGGUCCUUCUAGUUUUUUGCGGUUAUUAUAAACACAUUCUCAUGUUCGUAUCUAACCACUCACUCACAAGCACACACACGCAUAUGCACACUAACAAUAAGCAAUCACAGCAGGCACUUGCUUUUCCUCCGUCCACCUCUUGUCCACCUCUCGUUUUUAGGUAUAUAAUGUACUGUAUGUUAGUCUCUAGGUGCUGUGCUGAGUCACGUGGGACUGCAGCAGUCAGUCAGAUAUGACUUUGUUGAUGUAUGUUUUCCCAUUGUUGGUUGUCCAUGAAAAUAACUGUUUCAUGUCCUGUUUUUUUUCUUGUUUUUUCCUGCGGGGUUGCAGAGCCGUGUUUGAGAAUGCUCACAGCUGGCAGAUUCAUGUCACAAUAAUUCAUUUGAAUGCUUUGCUCUCCCUUUUAACUUGCGAGCAAUGCCGGGGCCCUUUGAUACUCCACUUUAGCGUCUGCUUUGUGUGUGGGCGCACACGUAACUCUGUGGAUUUGUGCAAGCGGCCUAGACAGUAUUAUCCUGAGAAGCUCUCUGACGUCUUUUGAUAUCUGUGCUGUGUUUCUACUCCCUGUGUGGCAACCCGAAGCGUCGAAGAUGCCCUUUUUAAAUAUUUUAAAACGCACAACAUUUUCUUAGUUGCCUGACCUGCAUGCCUCCUGCUGACACUGUUGCAUACUUCUCCAUCCUGAGAACUGCUUAGCUGUUGUUUGUAGAUUUUCUGCCCUCAUCGUGUUCUCGUGCUAUUUACAGUAAGAUGCAGAAACUAACUGAAACCACCACUUUCAUACAUUUCGUGGCAACAUUUGCUAAAGAAAAAGCAACUAGUCAGCUUUAUGGUCUUUUAAGAUGUGAUAACAGCAUAUAGCACAUAAACCCGUCACAGAUGGCCUGUACAGCUGCUGCUUGUCCAUACGAGUACUCAAACAGCAUCAGGUUGCUCUCGCUUGUGUGGUUUUAUUUUUUUGUUUGUUUGUCUCAAACUUGCAUACUGGGGAGAUGAUGCUGUAACUGAUAACUCUGUAGUACUGAAUGUGAAUAUUGUUAAUGAAUCUAUAAAUGGCUGUAAUGAUGUUUAUCCGACAUGCUGUCAUUUCAGUGAUGUAUCUGCAUAAUUCAUGCAAAACAAAGCAGGGUAACCAGAUCAAUAUGUCGAUGUUGUAGUUUGCAGAAAUUCAUCCAUGACCUAUUUUCUGAACAGCAGACGGAUUGCGGCGUUGCCGCUGAUACCAGCAGAAUCCACAGACUUCUGUCAAUAAAAUAUUUCUUUGUGCCAUACAUGGGUACUGCUACCACUCAUACACCAGUAACAGUGCAACACACUGUGCAUCCACUCUACUAACUUAUCAGCGCAUCUCUCAUAUUCAGCACCUGUUGUAACCAUGAGUUCGAUCGUUUGGUUUUUUUGUGGCCUUAUAUUCCAGAUUGAUUUCCUCUCACUGAGUUUGGUUUCAUAUUUAUCAGUAAAGAAUGAUUUAUUCCUUUAUGCCCUCUAAUGGCAGGUUUCGCACCACAGCUCACUACAAUAAGGCAAAGGUUUCGUCGUAAAACGUCUUCUUUGGUUUUGCCAGUAUACUUGAUUCAUAUUUGGUGGUAGACUUCUUUGGUUCUCUUGGGGUUUAAAGAAACUUUGAUGUAGACUGUGUCUGUGAAACAAUCAGUGCGGAGAAAAAAAAAAGAAAAAUACUUCUGAUGAUUCAUUCUGUACCGUUAUAGUUACACAAGUAGAUUUUAAAAAAUGUUGAAGACCAUGUUUCAAUGCUGAAUGCAUGGAGACAUCUGUAUGUGAUGUAAGAAACCAAAAUCCUGCUGUAUUACGAAUAAACCCAUUUUCUGAA